GCUUCCUCUGAGCCAGCUCAGCCCUGGCUUCACACUGGAUUGCUGAGGCAUUUUGCAAAUACAUCACUUGUGACUCCUCCUCAGAGAUUCCCCAUGAAAUCUUCUGGGUGGUGUACAGGCUCAAGAAUGGUUAAAGUGCCCCAGGUGAUUCUAAUCUGCAUGCAGCCGUGAGCACCAAGGCUCUGGGCCCUCCAUUUCUGAGGGUGAAACUAGUCCCUGAUCCAGGGGAGGUGGGAAGGCUCUGCUGUGCACAGGGUGUGGUGUCAGUGCUGGUCUGGGACCUGAAUGUGGGGGGAUCAGUGUACCCCUCAUCCCCCUGCAGCAGCAGAGUGUGGGCUCCGCCAGAGGGGAGGGUGAUGAACUCACCUGUUGGUCUCCAUGUAGGAAGUUAUUGUUUCUGAGUCCCUCAUGGGGCAGUGGGCAGCAGGGACUGUCUUUCCCCAAAUGAGGUCCUCCCUGUGUAUGUGGUUGUGGCACAGGAAGGGGUGUGCUGAUUCUAAGAAUUUAAGAGCAUAUUUUUGACACUCAGGAUUGACUUUUCAAGACUGAUCUUGCCUGAGAACGAAGCCAGAAGGAAGAGGAGGAAAGAAAGGCGUCUGGAAUGGCUCUUUCCCAGGAAUCUCUUCUUCUGAGAUGAAUGGUAUCUCCAUUUUAAAGAAAAAGACAGAGCCCUGGACUCUGUACACCAUGAUGGAUAUAGCAUAUGACCCAGAUGUCUUUUCUACAUCUGUGAUCCAGGAAUUAUCACCAAAAGAGAUCAUUAAUAAAGGAGAGUUAUUCCAGAGAGUGAUGUUGGAGAGAUAUGAAAGUCAUGGUACUGAGGAUUUUGACUUCAGGCAAGUCAGGGAAAAUAUGCAUCAGUUGGAGAGUUCGUGGGGAGAUGAUGAAAGGAAUGACAAAGGAUUGAUUAUAACCCAUAACAAAAUUCUCAAUGCCUUUUACAGUGGCUCAACCCUAUCUGAACAUCAAAUACUCCAUACUGGAAAGAAACUAUACAAAUGUAAUGUAUGCGGGAAGGUCUUCAGUCAGAAUGGACAUCUUGAAGAUCAUGUGAGAAUUCAUACUGGAGAGAAACCUUACAGAUGUAGUAUUUGUGGCAAAGCCUUUAACUUUGGCUCAAACCUGACUAGACAUCAGAGAAUCCACACUGGUGAAAAACCACAUAAAUGUAAUAUAUGUGGCAAGACCUUUAGUCGAUAUUCAGGCCUUACAGCCCAUCAGAGAAUUCAUACUGGAAAGAAACUAUAUAAUUGUGAUGUGUGUGGGAAGGUCUUCAGUCAAAAUGGACACCUGGAAGCUCAUCUAAGAAUUCAUACUGGAGAGAAACCCUACACAUGUAAUGUAUGUGGAAAAUCCUUAACUAAAGGCUCACACUUAACUAGACAUCAGAGAAUCCAUACUGGUGAGAAACCAUAUAAAUGUAAUGUAUGUGGAAAGUUCUUUAGUCGAAAUUCAGGCCUUACAACUCAUCAGAGGAUUCACACUGGAGAGAGACCUUACAAGUGUAUUCAAUGUGGUAAGGCAUUUAUCCGAAGAACACACCUUGUGGAACAUCAGAGAAUUCAUACUGGAGAGAAACCUUACAAAUGUAAUGAAUGUGGGAAGGCUUUCACCCAAAGAGCAAACCUUAUAGAACAUCAGAGAAUUCGUUUGGCACAGAGAACUUACAAAUGUAAUAUGCGUAGCAAAGCCUUUAACUCUGCCAAGAGGAGAUGAGAGAGCUGUCCUGCGCUUAAGAAGGGAGACUACCUACUUGCUUGCAGAUUCUGAUCCUGAGUUGUAGAAUGUUUUUAAUGAUCUUUUAUUGUCACCUGUUAUUUCCAUAAUAAAACUCACAUAAUUGUGAGUAUGGAAUGUGAGUUCUGUGUAGCCAUUGUACCAGAUUAUUUAACCCAGCACAGAAGUACAGAGGAUCAGAAGAACAUGGUGUACAUGGAGUAAUCCAUAUUAUUCCCCUUUUUUCUAAUGGCCUCUCGCUGUCUAGAAAUCAGAUACAACAUGGGUACCGCGCAGUGUUGGUGGAUUGCAUUACAGCAUCACCUUGUAAUUGCUAUAGUUUUUUAUACUAAAGAUUAAUGAAAAAUUAGUCUUGCUCUUGGAAAAUGAAGAGAGCAAUUCUUAGAGGAGGGAGUUUAAUCAAAAGAACCAAAAUAAAAUAUAUAUGGGUUGGAUUCAUAUUUAACCACUGGCAUUGUAUCUUGGUCCUGUUUUAUUCAGAAUGUUUCAUGGGUCUCAUGUUUAAUUCGAAAAUUGAGUCAUUUUUUUCAUAACUAUGAGGGAAUCACAUUCCUUCUACCAACACAAUCAAGUCGUACUUCAGUAGCAUACUUCAUAACAGAUACUAACAAGGUACCAUUAAUUUCUCAUGGUGAAAAGGCAUAUGGAACAAUUCCUUUCCAUUGUGGAAUCAAACUAUACAAUUCUGGAAAUGUAUACAUAAAUUUGCAUUUGAAGUACUUUCAUGAGUAUUCACUGUCUUAGUUAUCUCAUGCUGCUAUAACAGAAAU